GUCCUCCGGCUCGUCCAGCUCAGCCCAGGGAGCUCCACCCUCAGCCGCUGCAGAAGCCUCGGGGGCCUCGGGGGCCACGGGGGUGUCCCCUACAGACCAGAAAGGAGGCGGGGGGGCGCUGUUCAAAAAGUACCUGAGGACCGUGUCCCAGAAACUCAAGAAGCCCAAACUGCAGAGUCGGAGCAGCACGCCAUCUUUAUUAACAGAUGUGGCGGACGUGGCUGAGCCGGCUCCAGCUGUGCCCUCUGAACCCCUCAGACUCCCAUGGGUCCCACCUCAGGAGGUCCCCUUAUGGGACAUCAGCAACUGUAUCCUAGAAGAUGGACAGAUUCUCAUCUCCCCAGAGGAAGAGCCAACGAUGUGGACCCGCAACCGUGUCAGCAGCUGUCUGUCCAACUUCAGCAUGCAGAACCUGGUAGACAUCGAGUCAGAGUGCAGCCCGGACCAUGUGGGUCAACCAGGAGGUCCUCGACCAAAGGUCCAAGACGGUGGAGUGAGGGCGCUCAUUAAAAGACGUCUUGAGAGCAAGGCCAAGAGGAAUAGCAACCCCCCGCCGAACCCCAUGGGACUGCACAAAGGAAGCAGGCAUUAUGGUUCCCGGGAAUCUGUGUCGAUCCCUCUGAGUACAGUGGGCAGUCUGGACCUGAGCGCGGACACCAGCACCGUCAUCAGGCCCGUCCACAGCUCCAUUCUGGGGGAAAAGUACUGCUUUGAGGUGAUCAGCUCUGACAACAGUCACUGCUUUGGAUGCUCCUCAGCUGCUGAGCGGGACCGUUGGAUUGAAGAUCUGAGACGAGCUGCCCAACCCAACAAGGAUAACAUCGAGCGCACAGAGAACUCCCUGAGUCUGUGGAUAAACGAGGCCAAGGAUCUGCCGCCUAAACGACGUUAUUACUGCGAGGUCCACUUAGACGGGACCCUGUUCGCUCGCACCAGCAGCCGAGCGGUAGGCAAGCCGUCGAACCGGUCCAGCCUGGCAGGUGACGGCUCUACGGGUUCCUCAGGAGGUGUGGGCCCCGGUGGAGGUGCUACUGGAUGUCAGCUCUUCUGGGGUGAAUUCUUUGAGCUCGAUAACCUUCCUGCUGUCUCCCAAAUUACCCUGCACCUUUUCCGUGAGGAAGACCCCAAGAAAAAACGUCACUCCCGAGAUGAGUCCAGCUUACACCCACUGGGCAGCGUCGCAAUCCCUUUGGCUGAGAUCCGUGGGAGGACCUACCAGGAGAAGUGGUACCCCAUCACCCCCCAUAAAGUACAGGGCGCAGCAGGAAACAAAGAACCACUGGGCCUUCAGGCUUCGCUUCGCAUUAAGGCCCGUUUCCAGAAUCUGCAAGUGCUGCCCAUGGAGAAGUACAAAGAAUUCGCAGAGUAUGUGACUGUCGACUAUGUGGAAAUGUGCCGAAGUCUGGAGCCCCUUCUGACCGUGAAGGAGAAGGAAGACCUGGCAGGAGCGCUGGUCCAUGUGCUGCAGAGUAUCGGAAAAGCCAAGGAGUUUCUAAUUGACCUGGGGAAUGCAGAAGUGGAGCGUCUUGGAGAGAACGAUGCACUUAUCUUCAGAGAAAACACACUGGCAACUAAAGCCAUUGAUGAGUAUAUGAAGCUGGUCGGCCAGAAGUACCUGUUCGAUACAUUAGGAGACUUCAUCAGUCAUCUUUAUGCCUCUGUGGAAAACUGUGAAGUGGACCAUCGUAAAUGUCCUGCGUCUGAGCUAUCAAACAACCAGAAGCACUUAAAAGAAGUCUGUGAGGAAGUGGUGCAGAAGAUUACUGAGAUCCAUGGACCCUUUCCUGAAGAGUUAAACAGGAUCUUCUCCAGCUGGGUGGAGCUUUGUGAAGACCAGGGCAGACAGGAAAUCGGCCAGCGUCUCAUUUCUGCCUCGCUGUUUCUUCGCUUCUUAUGUCCUGCCAUCCUCAGUCCUUCUCUUUUCAGUCUGACGCAGCCUUACCCAGAGCCAAACACCCUGCGGACCCUCACCUUAACGGCCAAAGUCAUCCAGAACCUGGCCAACUUCACUUUGUUUGGAGAGAAGGAGGAGUACAUGCUCUUCAUGAAUGAAUUUUUGGAACAGCACUGGGAUAAAAUGAGAGGAUUCUUACAAACAGUGUCUGAUCCAAACACUGAAAUCUCCAUGACAUCCUUUGACGGUUAUGUCGACCUGCCGCUGCGUUUGGCCGUGCUGCACGGCCUACUGGUGGACAUCAUCCACCAGAAGGACCAGGACACCGUUGACAAGCUGCACCCUCUGCCUUCAAUUUUAAACCAGAUCACAGAGUCGCUGGGUCCUGAAGCCCCCCGGAUCCUGGUUAACAGCCAAACAGGACAAGCCAAGCCCACGUAUGUCCCUCCUAAAGACCUGGGCAAAUACAGCCCCCAUCAGUCAUCCCAGCAGCAGCUUCCUGUGGACUCCAGAGGAGACAACAGGAUUCGGAGAAGUAUGAGGGACAGAGAAAGGAAGCCGGUCACCAGAACCCAGAGCGCCCCGCACCGACGGCCCAUGAAGCACACCAUGAAGAGGCAGACCAGCUCUGAGAACCUGCCCACAGCCGAGCACCAGCCAGAGGAAAGCAACACACCCAGUAUCACCUCACCACGACCUAAUGUCAUUAUCAAACACCCACCUGCACCAAUUCCCUGGAUCAAAGACCUGCAAAACAGAGAGUCUAGUGAGAUGAAGGCUGAAAAUGAACAGCUCAGUUUACUGGACCAGCACGCUCAAGAACUGUCAGAGCUUCGUCUGGGGAUAGAGCAGGUAACGGAGCGGGAGCUGGACAUGGCCAAACGCCUGGAAGACUUCAUCAUUCAGAGCCAGGACCAGAAUGCAAUGCUGCAGGCUGAAGUCAAUGAGCUGCGGGACCUCCUGGCAGUGAGAGAAGAGCAGCUGGCCAGUGCCACCUUCAGGCUGGGUGUGAUUGAGGAGGAGAGAGAGGAAGAUGAGAGGAAGCUGAGUGUUGCCAUAGCAGCAACUGAACGAAUGAAUGUGUUGGAGGAGCAGUUUGCCGUCCUGCUCAAGGACCUUCAGCAGCUCAACGAGGCCCACAGCGGACAACAGAACAAACAGCAACAGGAAAAGCCCCACAUCAACAGCACCUGAACACAACCAAACAAAGAGCCACAGUAACAAAGCAGGUUUAAAAACUAAUGUAGAAGGAACCUAUCAGAAGAUGGAACCCCAGACAAACCAAGGCAUGGAUUUUUUAAUUUUUUUUUUUUUUUUAUGUGGUUUGUCUUUCUCUAGGAUGUGUAACAGAGAUACACAAAUUCACCAAACCUAUCCUUUUGUUUACUUCAUGAACACGUGCAUAAUGCGACUCAUUGGCCUUUUAGUUUGGAAUCUUUCUCAGCUGAUGAUGUAUUUGACUUUCUGUUUUUAAAUAAAUAAAACAACUAUUUCCUGUACUUAUUUUGUUGAAUGUAUCCACACACAAUAACAUUAUGUCUAUGUCUUUCAAUUAAAAAAAUACAGUGUGUUAUAUCAUUGAUUAUUUUUUUGUGCCCUAAAGAGCUGCUGCGCCUGAAUCACUGAAUUAUAUGGAAAAUAAAACAGAAAAAAGGAACAGUA